AUGACGUCACUCGAACGUGGCCGGCUCAGCGCGGGGCGUGACGUCACGCGGGCGGGCCGGUCCGCCUUGAGGUCACCUGGUGGGCGCGGCCAGGCCGAAUCCCCAGUGUCGUCACGGGCGGGGGCGGGGCCAGAGCGUGUCAGCGAAGCCGAAUCAAAACAAGCCGGAGACCCGCCUUUUCCCUCCGGCUCGGGAGCGUCUCGCCCCGGUCCCGAGCCCGCCGCGCUCGCGCGGCUGCGAGCCUCGGGUGGCCGCGCGCCGGCUCCAGGAAGCCGGGGAGGGCGCGGCGGCCGGGAUGGCGCGGCGCGGGCCGCGCGGCUAGACGGGCGCCGAGGAGCCGCCGCCGCGGGCGACGCCAAGAACGAGGCCCCCUGUGCCACGCCCCUGAUCUGCAGCCUCGGCAGGCCGGUGGACCUGGACAAGGACGACUACCAGAAGGUGGUGUGCAACAACGAGCACUGCCCCUGCAGCCCCUGGAUGCACCUGCAGUGCUUCUACGAGUGGGAGAGCAGCAUCCUCGUCCAGUUCAACUGCAUCGGCCGCGCCCGCAGCUGGAACGAGAAGCAGUGCCGCCAGAACAUGUGGACCAAGAAGGGCUACGACCUGGCCUUCCGCUUCUGCUCCUGCCGCUGUGGGCAGGGCCACUUAAAGAAGGACACAGACUGGUACCAGGUGAAGCGGAUGCAGGAUGAGAAGAAGAAGAAGUCUGGGUCGGAGAAGAACACAGGGAGGCCCCCCGGCGAAGCAGGGGACGAGGCCAAAAAGUGCCGGCCACCGAACAAGCCGCAGAAGGGCCUGAGCCAUGACCUCCCGCGGCGGCACUCCAUGGACCGGCAGAACUCCCAGGAGAAAGCGGUGAGCGCCGCGGCCUACGGGGCCCGCUCUCCCGGGGGCUCCCCAGGCCAGUCCCCGCCCGCCGGCUACUCCAUCCUCUCCCCUGCCCACUUCAGCGGCCCCCGCUCCUCCAGGUACCUCGGGGAGUUCUUAAAGAAUGCCAUCCAUCUGGAGCCCCACAAAAAGGCCAUGGCCGGGGGCCAUGUCUUCCGGAACACGCACUUCGAGUACAGUCCGGCUGGAUUAUCUGUGCACCGGGGGGGCCACUUCGACACGCCCGUGCAGUUCCUGCGGCGGCUGGACUUGUCCGAGCUGCUCACCCACAUCCCCAGGCAUAAGUUGAACACUUUCCACGUGCGGAUGGAGGAUGACGCCCAGAUGGGCCAGGGCGAGGAUCUACGCAAGUUCAUCCUCGCGGCCCUCAGCGCCAGCCACCGGAACGUCGUGAACUGUGCCCUGUGCCACCGGGCGCUGCCAGUGUUCGAACAGUUCCCUCUGGUGGACGGAACUCUGUUCUUGAGCCCGUCAAGACACGAUGAGAUCGAGUAUGACGUCCCGUGUCAUCUUCAAGGGAGGCUCAUGCACCUGUAUGCCGUGUGCGUGGACUGCCUGGAGGGGGUUCACAAGAUCAUCUGCAUCAAAUGUAAGUCGCGGUGGGACGGCAGCUGGCACCAGCUGGGCACCAUGUACACCUACGACAUCCUGGCUGCCUCCCCUUGCUGUCAGGCCCGCCUGAACUGUAAGCACUGCGGGAAGCCUGUGAUAGACGUGCGCAUCGGGAUGCAGUACUUCUCCGAGUACAGCAAUGUCCAGCAGUGUCCGCACUGCGGGAACCUGGACUACCAUUUCGUGAAGCCAUUUUCCUCCUUCAAAGUUCUCGAAGCUUAUUGAUGAAAGCUUUGCUUUAGUAAUAGCUAUUUUAUUGACAUUAUUUCUUUAUGACAUAUCUUUUAUAGGGAAACAUUUCUGUGACAUUACUUUCUUUUCUAAUUUAAAGGAGAGUUCCUUUGUGUACAUGUGCCACUGACAUGGGCUUGGCCCCUGGCCCUCUCUUGACUCCCGAGUGUUCGUCUGUGGUCAUGACCAGAGCCCAAAUGGAUAAUCCUGUGAGUCUGGGCUAGAGUGGUUCACCAUUGCUAAGUAUCUCUCAUGCAGCUUUGAAGGUGGUGGGGAGGGGAGGGUGAAAUUAGCAACAGGAUCCUGUGGUUAAGAACUAAAAGCAUGGAGGGAGUUGGAAGGAAACUCUUGUUAAGAUGUUAACUGUCUCAAGACCCACUUUGAGAUCUUUCCUGGGCCUUGGGAAGAACACGUGACGUGUGAAUGUAAGUCUGUGCCUGGGGAGCUGCUGGUGGCGCAGUCUGUCUCGGUUCAGCGCUCUGCCAUGCACACUGACCUGCAGAUGAUUUGAAAGUAGACCCAAGUGCUGUUUCUGUCACUGUUGUGAUUUAGCAGUUUUCCUGCUGAAAAGUAUAUCCAAAUUGUAAGGCCUAUGAAAACUGAUGGUGUCGCAGAGAUUUGUGGGUAAGCUGGCCUGUAACGAAGAGAAUAUGCUAAAUGAAUUUGGAAGGGAUACACAGUGACUCUCGGGGGCAAGACCAGGCAGAAAGAACCCUGUCCUGCGAAUUGUGUCUUUGGGGUUGGGUAGAUGAGUUCUGAAGGAGAAUCCAUGAAUAACAUGAUUUCGGUGGUGCCGAUUUAUGUAGGUUGCACUGUCAAAGUGUCAUUUGAUGUCAGAUCCUUCUUAUGGGUAGAUCUCACAGCAGUAGACCCUAACUGGUGAAUUUCAGAGCCAACAUUGCCAUGCUUUACCUUCCACAAAACUGUUCUGGCCACAUUUUACCCAUUUAAUGCUGAGUUUCCCAAAUCAUAGGUUUGACUCUAGGAAGGAGAGGAAAAAAUUGUUUUUGAGGAUUUGAAGAAAAUAAUGAUAAUAUUUCUUCUUAAAAUGUGUUUCAUUUUUCAGAACAUUACACGUUGUAAUGUAUUAACAGUAUGUUUGAGAAGAGAUCAUUCUGAAGCUGUCCUUGAUACUUCACCAUUAGUGGGGGGAAAAAAAGAUAAUUUGUGUAACUCAGUGAGUCAGAGUAUUGGGCUUUCCAAAAUUCAGACUUGUGUUAGAGCUUGAUGAUUUAAACAGACUGACACCUCAUACCCAUUUAGAAUUGUGAUUGGAACAUGAUUUCUCAAAAAUGGAUUUGAUGAUUUCAAGUAUUUCAUGUCUGCUAAUAGAAUGCCGAGAAUACAAUCAUUUCAUGGGUAGCCAAAUUGGGGUUGUGUGAACAUUUUGUAUUAUUCAUCUGGUUUAUACCUCCCACCCGCCCCCCGCCCCCCGUCAGAAAGACAGCCGUUUUUCCUCUCAGAAGCAUUUAGCUCUUAUUGCAAGAAAGUUUCAGUUCUACUGUAUGAAAUAUUUGAAGUUUUGUUUGAAAUAACAGAACAUUAAUGAACCAGUAUAUUGACUAAUGUUCCUAUCUUUCAGUUUAGAUGAUUGUAACUCGUUUUAUUGCAUCUGGUUUGGUGUUUGAUGAUUUGAGAAAUAUUUCACAGUUGGAGGAAAUGAAAUGCUCAAUGCUUUUAAGAAGUGGCAAAUCGGUGUUGGUCUGACAGUAUUUGAUGCAACUCUAAAAGGUCCUUAGGACAUAGCCCUUUGCAAAUUUGUCUUUAAUACACAAAGCUACAGUUGUGUAUUAACUGGCUCCCCAUUGAUUCUCUCAUGUAUCCAAGUAUAAAAAUUGGUUUCUCUUAUCCUAAGAGUAGCAUUUGGAUUUCAGUUCUGAAUUUAAAACAAAUAGUAAGAUAAAUGUUUGUAAUGCUGUUUUUUAAUCCAUCUAAAAUUUUGUAGAGAAACCUGCUUACCUUGUUGUUCUGGAUCUUAAAACGUAGACAUUUACACAUUCACAAGGUCCUCGGUCUGAUGCAUUCAGUAUUUUCUCCUUAUAUUUCUACUCUCUGAAAAAUAAGAUGGGGACUUUUCCCUGUAAUUGGAUACAAUUUGCUUUUGGCCCUUAUUUGGACGAUGAAGUUAGGAUUCUGCGGCUGCUGCAGAUAGUAAGAGUCGAGGCACAGGUAUCAUCUGAGACUUAUCUUUUGCCUUUAAGUCAUCAUGUUCUCCUCUAAAGUAGAGAGUCUGGCUUAUUUGCGGAUAAAAUAUAAUUGAGGAUGCAACAGUGUGGAGAAUAAAUCUUAUUUUAGAAAUCUGCUGACCUUGGUAUUUUUGCCACACUUUCUCCAAGUACUUUGCUCUGAAUAUCUUGGUGGAAAUUGGAGUAUGUCAAAAAAGAUGACUAUUUUUUUGUUGUGGUUUGUCACACCAGAGAUCCAUUGUCUUUUUUUCCUGCUAAGUAGUGUUCAGUAAAAUGAACCACUUGUAAGUGCUUAGUAAUUUCAAAGUGAUUUUUUUCAUGUGUUCUAAUUUUUUUUUUAUCACUUAGUUUUAAGCGUUCUGUACCUGGAACAAAUAAAAUUUUACCUGCUGCAUUCUAGUGAGAAACUCUUUCUGAUGGUUUUAUUACUUCCUCUUCAGGCUGACACAGUUCUCCACUCUCUUCUCAUUGCAUCUGAAAGCAAGAGAUAGAUAUACUGAGUUUAUCAGCUGCUUGGUUAAAAGCUAGACACUGGUCACGCCACUGAGGAGUGGGAUGAAUUAUUCCGCCCUAAGAAAGAGCUCUCCCCGGUGUUUGCUUUCCCGUUUUUGCAAAAGAAGCUUAUUUUCAGAGUAAAAAGUAUUUUCAUAUCUGUUUUGGGGGGGAAAUGAACUCAUUAGGAAAGAAUAUAAUUUGGUGUUGAAAUACUAAAACUAACAGACAGGCUGAUCCAUAACCUCUCAGAUCGUGAGACCUGACUUGCUGCAGUCCUCUGUCUUGUCCCAUAAGACCCAAUGCCUAACGUGCAGUCCGUCGUGCUGUGACCGGAUCAGGACCUCCGCUUGGCUCUCCUCUUUGGCCUCCUGGUUGCAGCUCUAGAGCAGUUUUCGCUGGAGGUUUGGGGAGGACUUGAAGAGUAAGCGCCCCUGUUCUGUGUUUUCGUUCCUUUCAUAGGAUGCUGCCUAACCCAGCUCAUCUCUGUGUCCUGUUGACUUUGUUAUUAUUCCAGGUAAUUGAAAGAAAAAAUCACGGAUGGGUAUCAUUAAAACCAGCUCAACAAAUAUAUUCUUGUCAGUAAACAUUUCUUGUCAAGAUGUCUUGGAUUGCACUUUUGUCGAGGGAAGAAGGUGUAAAUAGUUCAAGAAUGUUGAUAAACCUGAAACAUUUGGUUAUGGAAUUGUGUGUGGUGUUUGAAGGCUUCUGUUUGUGAAAUGUAUGUAUUAAACUUAAUAAAAUUUCAGAAACUAACAUUGUA